UGGCCGAGGCAGUGUGUAGGAGCCUGGCUCCGUUCGGCGUUUUGUGCGGUGCUUUGUUGUUCGAGCUGCGUUCUUUAAAGUGUUUUUGUGUUAAAGCCCUUAUGGAGGUGCAGAGAGGAAAAGAAAAAGCAUAUUUUUUCCCUCGUAGCUCAGUAAUGCGUCCUUGACUUGAAAUGAUCUCCUCACGAAGCAGGGGGGCUGUUGGUGAAGAUACAGUAUCUGCAUACAAAGAGGCUUCUGCACCAGCAACAGGCUGACAGGGAGCUGCUGCCGAAACCAGGAAACCAGCAGCGUUAAAACUUCUAAUUCGACAACAUGAAAGAAGUGAAGGAGCCAAGACAUCGCAAAGACAACAGGCGCCCAGACCUGGAGAUUUACAAGCCUGGCCUCUCCCGACUGAGGAGCAAACUCGCGCUGCCAAAGCACGAGGCCUCGGAGAAGGAGAGGAGCAGAGCUGAGGAAGGCAAGGAGGAGAGUUCCAGUGACAAAGAUCCUUCGGCAGGAGGGGCUCCAGUCACGGAGGAUUUCGGCAAAGGUGACAACCACAAGCAGAAUGGCCCUUUGCAGGGAAAUGAGGAGACAGAGACUAAAGCUGGUCUUCCGGGCCAGGAGAACCAGUCCAAGCAGCUUGCUCCGGAUGAGUGGUGUCCCAAGAUCACCCGGAGAACCAAGAAGCCAGACCAGCAGAUAUAUCAGCCUGGGAAACGACUGCAUUCAGUUGCCAAAGAAUCGGCCCUCCGGUCAGCUAACGAGGAAGUCAUCACUAAGAUGGAGCAGCUGAAAGUUGAGGGAGAUGAAGAGACCGAGAAAGGUCCUGGAAAAGACAACAAUAGGAAAAGCAAAUCGAGCAAAGAGGAUAGAGAUGGAAGCCUGACAGGGGAAGGAGCAAAAAGUAUAAAGGGAGAGAAAGGAAGACGGACAGACCGAAGCGACAGGAUCAGGAAAACAAGUGAUGAGCUGCUGCAGGGGAAGCUGAGCUCUACGAAACGGUACUCCCGCUCUGACAAGCGCCGGAGCCGAUACCGCACCUGCAGCACAAGCUCAGCCGGAAGCAACAACAGCGUAGAUGGAGCCCCGCUGAUGGAUGGGGUAGAGAGGCGGCAGGAGCGCGCUAGAGAAAGAAUACGUCCUAGGAAGCAGCUCUCUGCGUCCUCCACUGACUCCUUGGAUGAUGACAGAAUUGAUGAGGCAGAAGCGUAUGUCUCUAGCAGGAAUUUGGAAAAGAAAAAGCGUUCAGAGCAGAAUCGAGCCUCUAGGAGUGAGAACGAGUGGAGCAGCAAUGGCAGGGAAGUCAAGGGACCCUUUCGAGUCACUUUUGACAACAAGACUAUAAACAGAGAUAUCAGCCUGUCGGAAUCAGAUAAAAAAAAGCCCCUGAAGGCUUUUGUUAGUUCUAACGACUCAGAGACUUUGGAGGCGAGAGGCCAGAGCAGAGAGCCCCAAGGCAGGGGCCGUGGGAUUCUGUUCCUGCCUGCCAACACCGACCUCUCGGUCAGCACCGCCGGCUCCCCUGAACCCACUCACCCGGGGCCCAGACUCCUGCUUGGCGGUGCUGGGAGCAAAGGGCCCCGCAGCAGGGGCCGAGGCGGCACUGCUCGCCGGCUGUGGGACCCCAACAACCCGGACCAAAAGCCUGCCUUGAAAAGCCAGACUGCUCAGCUUCACUUCCUAGACACGGACGAUGAAGUGAGCCCCACUUCCUGGGGGGAAGCCCGCCAGGCCCAGACGUCCUACUAUAAAUUCCAAAACUCUGACAACCCCUACUAUUACCCUCGGGCCACCGGCCAAGGCCCCCAGUAUCCUUACGGCGGGUACUCCCUGCAGUAUCCCAUGGGCCCGAGUAAUGGCAUGUACCCAGGAGCCUAUUACCCUGGCUUUCCCGGCCAGGCAGGGCAAUAUAUGUGCAGCCCGCUCCCUCCGACUCCUCUGAGUCCGGAGAUGGAGCAGCAGAUGCGGAACAUGCAACAGCAGGAGCUCAGCAAACUCCUCCGUGAGGCUGGGAACCAGGAGCAGCAGCUCAGCAAUCUGCUUUCCAGAGAUCGCAUCAGCCCAGAGGGGCUGGAGAAGAUGGCCCAGCUGAGGGUGGAGAUGCUGCAGCUGUACGAACGGUGCAUCCUGAUGGAUAUUGAGUUCUCUGAUACCCAGAACGUGGACCAGCUGCUGUGGAAGAAUGCCUUCUACCAGGUGAUCGAGAAAUUCCGACAGCUCCUCAAGGACCCUUUGGGGGAAAAUGGUCAAGAAAUUCGUAACAAACUGCUCCAGCUUCUGGACGAGGGCACGACUUUUUUUGAUGGCCUACUCCAGAAGCUGCAGGUGUCAUACCAGUUCAAACUGGAGGACUAUAUGGAUGGCAUGGCCAUCCGUAGUAAGCCUCUGCGAAAAAUGGUGAAGUACGCAUUGAUCAGUGCUCAGAGGUGCAUGAUUUGUCAGGGGGACAUUUGCCGAUACAGAGAACAAGCAAAUGACACAGCAAACUACGGAAAAGCACGCAGCUGGUACCUGAAGGCUCAGCAAAUUGCUCCCAAAAACGGCCGACCUUACAACCAGCUGGCACUGCUGGCCAUCUACACGAGGAGAAAGCUGGAUGCUGUCUAUUAUUACAUGCGCAGUCUGGCUGCUAGCAACCCCAUCCUCACAGCCAAGGAGAGCCUCAUGAGUCUGUUUGAAGAGACAAAACGCAAGGCUGAGCAGAUGGAGCAGAAGAAGCAUCAGGUGCUGGAGCUGAGCCCCAGUCGCCGGGGGAAGGGCAAGAAGUCCACGUUCCGACAAGUUGGAGAUGAUGCCACGCGGCUGGAGAUCUGGAUCCAUCCCUCCCACCCCCGUUCCUCCCAGGGCCAUGAGUCCGGCAGGGAUUCUGAGCAGGACAACGGUCUUGGGAACCUCAGCCCCAGCGACCUGAACAAAAGGUUCAUCCUCAGUUUUCUCCAUGCCCAUGGGAAGCUGUUUACCAGGAUUGGGAUGGAGACUUUCCCUGCGGUGGCCGAGGAGGUCCUGAGGGAGUUCCAGGUCCUGCUGCAGCACAGCCCCCCUCCCAUCGGAAGCACCCGCAUGCUCCAGCUUGUGGCAAUCAACAUGUUUGCAGUGCACAACUCCCAGCCCAAAGAGUGUGUCUCUGAAGACUGUCGCUCUGUCAUCCAGGAACAGGCCACGGCCCUGGGGCUCUCCAUGUUCUCCCUGUUGGUGAAGAGGUGCACGAGCCUGCUGAGAGAAUGCGUGCAAGCUCAGCCACAAGAAGUGGAGCAGGAGGAUGAGGAAGAUGACAUCAAGGUCUCUGCCUUGCCUCAGGACCUGAAGGAACUGCUCCCCAGCGUGAAGGUCUGGUCAGACUGGAUGCUUGGCCACCCGGACACCUGGAAUCCUCCUCCUACCUCUCUCGAGCUUCCCAAACAGGUCUCAGUAGAUGUGUGGGCGACGCUGGCUGACUUCUGUAACAUACUGACCACAGUGAAUCAGUCGGAGGUGCCCUUGUACAAGGACCCAGAUGACGACCUUGCCCUGCUUAGCCUGGAAGAGGAUCGGCUGCUCUCGGGCUUCGUCCCCCUGCUGGUCGCCCCUCAGGAGCCCUGCUACGUGGAGAGGACCUCGGACAAGGUUAUUGCAGCCGACUGCAAGAGGGUCACAGUUCUGAAGUAUUUCCUGGAAGCCCUUUGUGGACAAGAAGAGCCUUUGCUGGCAUUCAAGGGUGGAAAAUAUGUGUCAGUGGCACCCGUCCCAGACGCCAUGGGAAAGGAAAUGGGAAGCCAAGAGGGAAAACAACUGGAAGAUCAGAAGGAAGACGAUGUGCUGAUUGAGGCAUUUGAAGAUGAUUCUGAGGCUGAAGGCAGCGGUGGAGAGUUUGACAUCAAGGAACUGAGAGCCAAGAAGCAAGCCCUGGCCAGGAAAGUAGCUGAGCAGCAGCGUCGUCAAGACAAGAUUCAGGCCGUGCUGAAAGAUCAGAGUCAAGUGAGGCAGAUGGAGCUGGAGAUCAGACCCGUCUUCCUGGUCCCGGACACCAAUGGCUUCAUCGACCACCUCAGCAGCUUGGCGACGCUCCUGGAGUGCAGGAAGUUCAUCCUGGUGGUGCCCCUGAUCGUGAUAAACGAGCUGGAUGGCCUGGCCAAGGGCCCAGAGAUGGAGCACCGGGCCGCAGGCUAUGCCCGCCAAGUGCAGGAGAGAGCCAGGAAGUCCAUCGAGUUCCUGGAGGAGCGAUUUGAGAGCCGUGACAACUGCCUGAGGGCUCUGACCAGCCGAGGCAACGAGCUGGAGUCCAUCUCCUUCCGCAGCGAAGACACCACGGGCCAGCAGGGAAACAACGAUGACCUGAUUCUGUCCUGCUGCCUCCACUAUUGCAAUGACAAGGCCAAGGAUUUCAUGCCCUCUAACAAAGAUGAUCCGAUCCGGUUGCUCAGGGAAGUGGUUUUGCUCACGGACGACCGGAACCUGCGAGUCAAAGCGCUGACCCGCAACGUGCCCGUGCGGGACAUCCCCACCUUCCUCAAGUGGGCCCAGGAGGGCUGAGGGGGCCGAGCAGGGAGGAGAGCCCCUCAGUGAGUAACGCAGCGUGCUGCGGUGGGAGACCGGCUUCGGAGGCAGCCCUCGCCACGCGUCGCCACCGCCUGCCAGCCCACAACGAACAAUAAACGCCACGUCUUCAACCCACCCCAGAAUGGCCGUGCUGCGGAGGGCCCCCCCGGGGGCAGGCAAGCUGGGAAGGUCAUUGCUGUGGAUGGUUCACGCGGAGGCUGGGACAUUGAGGGUCCCGCCAUCCUUCGGGCGGUGCUGGAGCAGAGCCGGAGAGCCCUGCUGUCUAGGGAAGCUUUGGCUGAGCCCACGCCAGAUCGCCAGCCUUUUGCUUGGUUUGCUUGGUUGCAGAGAGCGCGAGGCACGAGGCAGUGUCUCUUUGGGUUUGCAGUCUGUUAGGACCGGGGACGUGACAGUGCGGACUUUGGGAUCACUUAUUCUAGCUCAGCCCCGAGAGCGAAGCCCUGCUGGCGCAGCCCUGGGCCCCGGGACUGCCUGUGCCCCUCGGAGAUGCUGUGGACUUCAAGGUCGGGCUCCCUCCUGCCCGGCCGCGCGCUCUGCUCUCCCGUCAUCCCUCCUCCCCCAGCCUGUUCGUCUCACCGGGCUCCGGCAGCACCCAGGCUCCUCUCCCCUUCCCCACCCUACUCCCGGCCCACCGGAGCGGGGCUGCUACUGGCCACCGACCUGGCCCCUCACGUCCCACCGAGGGAGACACUGCCGGCUGCUUGCGGGGGCUCUUCUCCUCUCCCUGGUGCGGAGUUUGCUGUUGAGUUUCAGUUCAGGCUGCGGUUGGUGUUAGUUUUCAGGUGUGCGUGCUGCCUGCACCGGGACGAAGGCUUCAAACCCCCCCCCCCCCAGCUGCUCUCGCCCUUGUGCUCUGCCCCGCUGCCCACCCCAGGCAUGAGCUGCCCCCUCCCUCUACCCCCCCCCAACCCCUUGGUCCCACUCUGCUCCCUCGAGGCACCUUUUCAACCUACUAAGACUUUGGCACGAGGCCAACAAGAGCCACCGAGUCCCUGGGGUGCCGGGACAGGCUGUCUCGCAGGUCCCCAGGCUCCUCCUGUGCGUGGGCACCAGCUCGUGCCCGUGGCUCUGGGGCCGGGCAGGGCUGCAGGGUGACCAGGCGCUGCCACCGCCACCUGCCCGCCUGCGUGUCCCAGCUGCCCCCCCGCUGCGCAGGGAGCCCUGAGCGGCCACUGCUGCCACGGCCCCGGUUGUGCGGCGUCACCCGGCAGCAGGAGCAGCGCAGGGGCUGGGCAGUGCAUCCCCCCCCCCAUUGCCACAUUGCCUCCACCACCGAGCUUUUGCAACCCCCCCCCCCCCCCCUUCAAAUCCCCGUUGCACUCCAGCAACAGGAGCUAAGCGGGAGCGUUAGCCAGAGACCGAGAGCCCCUGGCGCUGCAGCAAGCACCAGUCCCGAGGCAGGGAGGGGGUUGCCCUUCCUGGGAGCCCUGCAGCACCCGGUGUCUGCCGGGGAGCAGCAGCCGUGGGAGGGACGCAGGAAAGUGGCAGAGGAAGCAGCAGGGCUGAAACCAGCGUUUUCCUUUCCCGAGUCGGCGGCUUGGGGCCGGGGUCCGCGCUGGAGCGCGUUCGAGCAGGAACCCAGCGUCAGCCCUGCUUAAGCCUUCGCCGGCUGCCCGGCCCCACGGCGCGAGCCGAAGCGGGGCAGCAGGGCCUGCAACGCUCCGCAGGGCCGCUCAACGCCCGCUCCGACAGCCAGCGGGCCGUGGGGCAUGGAGCAGCCCUUCCCCUGCACCGGCCACCGCAGCGGGGCUGCACGGCGCCGCGCCCAAGAGGAGCGAGGGUUUGCGCUCGUUCGCCCGGACCACGCGGAUGCCCUGGCCGCAGGGGCGGCUGCCGGCCGAGGAGGGUCUGAGCGCAGGAGCAGAGCCGGAUCGCCAGGGACUUGGGGAGCCCCGAGCAGCGUGGGGCACCAGCGCCGGCCCAGCAUCUCCCGGGCCCGCGGGAAGCAGCGAGCGCGAGCGGCCGAAGACUCUGCCGCGGGGACCGGGCCAGCCCCCACCUGUGUACAGAGCUGCGCUGCGCUCGAGCAGCGCGCGGACUUUUCUUUCUCCUCACAGCUGAUUGCGUUUGAAAUGUUCGUGUCCUAACGAAGCGGCACAGAGCUGCCCCAGGCCGCGCGGCGGGCGGGAGGACGAGCGGCAAGGCCGGGCCGGUGGCUGGGGCACGCUCAGCUCCGAGGGCCGCACGGCCCUGCCGGACUCGGGUCCUGCACUGCUGGGGUGCCGCACAGCCCGGCAGCCCCCCGGGGAGGGCUGGGGCCUGGGGGCUCAGCACCCCUGUGCCUGGGGGCAGCGCCAGGCCGCUGCCCUCACCUCCCCCGGGAGCCCUUUCCUUGGGGAGAAGGCUGGGUUUGGACUAUCCUGUUACGAUGGUUUUAAUAAUUUUUAGUAUUAAACACUGGUCUGUGC